AUGUCAUCAGUGGAUUUCAAGACCUAUGUGGAUCAGGCAUGCCGAGCUGCAGAGGAGUUUGUUAACGUCUAUUAUACCACCAUGGACAAACGGAGGCGUCUGCUCUCCCGCCUAUACAUGGGCACGGCUACCCUCGUGUGGAAUGGAAAUGCUGUUUCGGGACAAGAAUCCUUAAGUGAGUUUUUUGAAAUGUUACCUUCCAGCGAGUUCCAAAUCAAUGUAGUAGACUGCCAGCCUGUUCAUGAUGAAGCCACACCAAGCCAAGCCACAGUCCUGGUUGUUAUUUGUGGGUCCGUGAAGUUUGAGGGCAACAAACAACGGGAUUUCAACCAGAACUUCAUCCUGACAGCCCAAGCCUCCGCCAGCAAUACAGUGUGGAAGAUUGCAAGUGACUGCUUCCGGUUCCAGGACUGGGCCAGCUAG